AUGUACCGAGAAGCUGCCAAGUUUCCUGGUCCAUCGUUCCUCCUGCCGUUGAUCGGGAACGCUCACCAUUUCAUGGGUGAUUCGCGACUCAAAGCCAUUCGAUCAACGCAAAAUGUUUUUCAGACCGUUUUUAUGAGUCCAAAAACCGUUGAGAAGGAUCCGCUUUACCGACUCGCGAAGCCUUGGCUCGGCCACGGUUUAUUCACGGCACCAGCUGGGGAAUGGCGAAAUCGCCGAAAGCUCACAGCUCCAACUUUCAACACGAAAAUAGUGACCUCCUUCGUCGAAAUAUUUGCUAAACGAUCGGAAAUCAUGAGCGAGCAGAUGAGCAAGGAGCUGGGAGCUGGAGAUUUCGAUGUUUCCAAAUAUGUUGGGCUGUGCACGCUCGACUUCAUUUGUGAAACUCUCAUGGGGGCCACGGUCAAUGUUCAAUCGGAAAAAGGGCGUCGUUGCGUUCAGUCAGCAGAAAGAAGAUCGAUCAGUUCAGUCGCUAUGUCUAUCUUCAAGCUCCAUCGCGCAGAAAAAUAUUGGCCGGAUCCGUUGAAAUUUGAUCCGGAUCGUUUCCUACCGGAACAAGUGGCGAAACGUCAUCCGUACAGUUUCGUGCCCUUCAGCGCUGGGCCUCGAAUGUGUUUGGGAUUCAAGUACGCCACGAUGGCCAUCAAAGUCCUACUGGCAACGGUUUUGCGACGUUACAUCUUCAUAAAAGACGAAAUUGUGGCUAUCGAAGGCAUGAAACUGAAAACCGAACUCAUACCGAAGCCUGCGUCAUCUCCGAGGUUGAGGAUCGAGAAAAGAUAG